GGGUUUAAAAACGCUUUCUCUCCCCUUGCAAAAAUUCGAGUUUUCGGAAAUUCCCACCAUAAUGUCUCCGAAAAACGAAAAAGAAAAAUAAGAAAAACAAAAAAAAGGGCGGGACAGAGUCUCGGUGGGAGAAUCAACGGACCUCUCGGCUGCUCGCUCAUCUCGGCCACCGCACUGUUUCGGACCACUGGACCCAGCUCCGACAAUGCCGCCGGGAGUCCGGGAGCUCACGGUGCUGGGCGAGUUCCGGCCGUUCGCCUUGAUUGCCGAAGCUCUCGAUGGCAAGCCUCUCGACGACCCUGCCGACAAGUACGAUUACUUCCUCUUCGAUCCCCAGACCGUCCGGGAGGAUCCCGACUCCGGCCCUGAUGCCUCCACGAGCGGCCAGUGUGACCAUGAGCUCUUCAUUAGGGGGAACAAGAUUAUAUGGAGUACUGGUUCACGAGUGCAUAAAAGAUUCACCCUAUCAUCUACUGUCAUCAUGGCAUGUUGGGGUCGAUUCAGUCAAAAAUCAGAAGCCCUUCUUUGCGUCUUGCAAAUUGAAUCCUUGGCAAUCUACAGUAUUUCAGGUCAAGUUGUGGAGAUCCCGCUGCCUCGUACCAUCACAUCAAUUUGGCCUCUUCCAUGCGGUUUGCUUCUACAACAAGCAGCUGAAGGAGAUUUCUCAACAAGUGUUCCUAGCACAUCUUCCAGUCUUUCAUUUGGUGCUUCUGAAAUAUCCCGCCUUAGAAAAGAAACGGGACAAAGUCCUCAAAAUCAUUAUUUUCUGAGUGGGUUUGAUAAUAUGGUGAAGGGAAAUACAGCCCUGUCGUCAUCUCAUGUAAUUCUAAAGAAUCCAAUGGAAGAACCACAGCCGCAGCUCAUUUAUAUUGAAGAAAGGGGAAAAGUCAACAUAAUGAAGGAUUUUGAUGAAAGAACUAUAUGGACAAGUGAUCAAGUUCCUCUUAUGGCUUCAUAUAAUAAAGGAAAGAUGCAACAUUCCUUAUGGGUUGCUGAAAUCCAUAGUUCAAACCUCGAAGAAAAAGCUUCUUCUUCCUCGGACAUAAUUCCUGCUUGUGUUUUGCCCAAGAAGUUUUUGUUCCGUCGGAUUUGGCAGGGAAAAGUUGCUCAUACAGCUGCUUCUAAGGUUUUUCUGGCGACAGAUGAUGAUACAGCUCCCAUAAUCUGUUUCCUUCUUCAAGGACAGAAGAAGUUGUUAUCAGUGAGGCUUCAGACUAUUGAAAUUAACAAUGAGAUCCUUUUUGAUGUCAAACCUGACAUGAGCUGGAGUAUUCCAGCUGUUUCAGCUGCACCGGUGACAGUAACACGCCCAGGGGUAAAACUGGGACUUCUACCUCAUACAGAUAUUGUCGUUCUGGCUCCCGAGAACGCCAUCCUUCUCUAUUCAGGGAAGCAAUGCUUGUGUAGGUACUUGUUACCUUCUUCAUUGGGUGAAUCUCAACUUCCACAUAAUCUGAAGCUCUCGGAGAAUGUGGCAUUUGGAUCUGAUGUUAAGAUUAUCGGGUUAGCAGACUCUAUUGAAGGGCGCAUCAAUGUGAUUGUCAAUAAUGGAAAGAUUUUUCGAUGUGCAUUGCGCCGGAGCCCUUCUUCCUCUUUGGUGAAUGAUUGCAUAACAGCCAUGGCUGAAGGCCUCUGCUCCAGUUCCUACAAUCAUUUUCUUGUGCUUCUUUGGGGUGAUUCUGACUCUUCGUACUUAUCAAAGUUUGACUCUAGUGUUGAUUCAGAGUGGGACUCUUUCUGUAGCAUUAUGAUGCGAAUGUGUGGAAGAUUUAAAGGUAGCUUGGCUGAGCAUUCAGCUUCAGCGUCUUCGUCAUCGUGGGAGUUCCUUAUAAACAGCCAAUUCCACAGAAAUUAUUGCAAAACCAACUCUUUUGCCAGUAUUUUCUCUAGUGGCUCUCUUGAUAUUCAGGAAUUGGGUCAUCAACAAUCAAGCAUGGAAGCUAAACUCAGUGGAGAAUCCUCAUUUUAUUCUGAGCUAUUGACGAAGAGCUUAGAAUCUCUGCAUGCAGUAUAUGAAUGCCUCAAACUGAAUAAUCUUCGCAAAUGGGAUCUGGAGCUUUUGUCUGGUCUUCUAUGCAGUAUUGCAAAUUCUCUAGGGGAAAGAAGCUACAUAGAUCAUUAUGUUCGUGAUUUUCCUGCUCUUGUCGAGAAGGUUGGAACUGGUCCAGACUCUCUAUCCUGGAAAACUCCUCCCAGCCUGUUCAGAUGGCUCGAGAUCUCACUGCAACGUGGUUAUAAUUCUGCCGACAUCAGUGAUCUGCCAUCUCUAGUUUGCAAUGAUGAAAGUUCAGUUGUGAGCUGGGCCAGAAAAAUAGUCUCGUUUUAUAGUUUAUUGUCAGGUGCUGAACACGUUGGGAAGAAACUCUCUUCUGGAGUUUCUUGCAAUAUUGCUGCAGGCUCGUAUUCCACCGGUGAGGAGCAUACUGUUUUGGCAAUGGUUGGGGAGAAUUUUGGACUGCAGCAACUGGAUAACCUGCCUUCUGGCAUAUCCCUUCCUUUGCGACAUGCAUUGGACAAAUGCCGAGAAUCUCCUCCUACUGACUGGCCUGCUGCUGCUUACUUUCUUCUUGGUCGAGAAGAUCUGGCAUUUUCAUGUUUGGCACACAAUGGUGAACUUGAAACCUGGAACAAUGCGAAUCUUCUGUCUAUGUCUACGCCCUACAUGCUUCAUUUGCACCCAGUUACAAUUCCAUCGACGGUUUCUGAUCCGAUUGGGCCUGACAGUGCAACCUUUGAGGAUGCAGACUCCAUUGACGGGUCUAUGACAGAUGGUAUGGAGCAUAUCUUCACUGCCACCACUCAGUUACGAUAUGGUCGGGAUUUGCGCUUAAAUGAGGUAAGGCGCCUGUUGUGCUCUGCAAGACCAGUCGCUAUUCAGACAUCUGUUAACCCUAAUGCCUCUGAUCAGGAUCUCCAGCAGGCCCAGCUCUGGCAAUUAGCACAAAGGACCACUGCGCUUCCUUUUGGGCGGGGUGCAUUUACUCUUGCGACGAUUUUCACUCUCUUAACAGAGGCCUUUACUGUGCCAAAGCUUGUUUUGGCGGGUCGAUUACCUGCCCAGCAAAAUGCAACUGUCAAUUUAGAUCCCAAUAUAAGGAACAUACUAGAGCUCAAGUCUUGGCCCGAAUUCCAUAAUGCUGUAGCUGCUGGUCUAAGGUUGGCCCCUCUUCAGGGGAAAAUGUCAAGAACAUGGAUUAUUUAUAACAAACCUAAAGAACCAAAUGCUAUACAUGCUGGGCUUCUUCUUGCAUUGGGAUUGCAUGGGUAUCUCCGUGUUCUAUUGAUAACCGACAUAUACAAAUAUCUCGACCAGCAACAUGAGAGCACCACCGUGGGGUUGAUGCUUGGCCUAGCUGCUUCUUAUAGAGGAUCCAUGCAUCCGGCAAUGUCAAAGGUUUUUUACCUUCACAUACCUGCUAGGCUUCCUUCAACUUUUCCUGAACUGGAGUUACCGACUCUCUUGCAGUCAGCAGCACUCUUGUCGUUGGGACUACUUUAUGAAGGAUCAUCACAUCUAGAAAUUAUGCAAAUGCUAUCGGGUGAAAUAGGCCGUGGAAGUGCAGGUGAUAAUGUGCAUGAGAGGGAAGCUUAUGCUGUUUCUUCGGGAUUCUCAUUGGGUCUUGUCGCAUUGGGACGGGGGCUGGAAAUGCUUGGAUCUCUAGACAGUUUGCUUGACCGCUUGUUUUACUACAUUGGUGGCAAAGAAGCACACAAUGAAAGAUCUUAUUCAUCAGCACUAUCAAAUGAUGAGCACAAUCGUGGAGUUGGACAGAUGAUGGAUGUAGCUGCCGUCAAUGUUCAUGUCACGGCACCUGGGGCUAUUGUUGCUCUGGCUUUAAUGUAUCUGAAGACUGAAUCCGAAACAAUCUCAUCAAGGCUCUCAAUUCCUCAUACAUCUUAUGAUCUACAGCAUGUAAGGCCUGACUUCAUGAUGCUGCGAGUAAUUGCUCGAAAUCUGAUAAUGUGGAGCAGAGUUUACCCGUCAAAGGAGUGGGUUCAAUCACAAAUUCCUGAAAUAGUGAAAAAUGGUGUUAAAAGCCUUGGAGAUGACAAUGAAGAUCUCGAAGAAACAGAUAUUGAUACCGCUGUCAAAGCUUAUGUUAAUGUAGUCACAGGGGCCUGUAUAUCUAUCGGACUGAGGUUCGCUGGGACAAGGGAUGGGCAAGCAGAGGAGUUACUUUAUGAACAUGCUGUCUACUUCCUAAAUGAGAUCAAGACCGUCUGUUCUACAAGUGGAAGUACUUUCCCAAAGGGAAUCUCACACUAUAUAGAUCGGGGUACAUUGGAAAUUUGCCUUCACCUUACUGUCCUUUCGCUCUCUGUGGUUAUGGCAGGUUCAGGACAUCUACGAACACUACGCUUAUUGAGAUUCUUGCGUGGUAGGCAUUCUGCAGAUGGUCCCCCUAACUAUGGAACGCAAAUGACUAUAAGCUUAGCUAUUGGUUUUUUGUUUCUUGGCGGAGGCAUGCGCACAUUCUCCACUAGCAACAGUGCGAUUGCUGCUCUGCUGAUCGCCUUGUAUCCACGACUGCCUACUGGUCCAAAUGAUAACCGAUGCCACCUACAGGCAUUCAGGCACUUGUAUGUACUCGCUGCUGAAGCUCGGUGGAUUCAAACAGUUGAUGUUGACACUGGUUUGCCUGUCUUUGCUCCUCUGGAAGUUACUGUAAAGGAAACUGAGCAUUACUCUGAGACAAGCUAUUGUGAAGUCACCCCUUGCAUUCUGCCCGAACGAGCUACCUUGAAGUCCAUUCGUGUUUGCGGUCCCCGAUACUGGCCUCAAGUUAUAAACCUUGUUCCUGAAGAGAGUCCGUGGUGGAGCCCUGGGUCCAGGCAUGGCCCAUUCAAUUCAGGCAUCCUUUAUAUUAAGCGGAAGGUUGGCGCUUGCUCAUACAUUGAUGAUCCUAUAGGAUGUCAAUCCCUCUUGUCACGGGCAAUGCACAAGGUUUUUGGUUUGAAAAACUCUAGGGCAUAUAACGCUAACAGAGGCGAUGGUUAUGUUUCUCUUGAUCAGCUGGUCAGCACAUUUUCCUCUGAUCCUAGCUUAAUUGCUUUCUCGCAACUAUGCUGUGACCCGUCAUGGAAUAGCAGAUCGGAUGAUGAUUUCCAUGAAUUUUGCUUACAAGUCUUGUUUGAGUGCAUGAGCAAGGACAGACCAGCCCUUUUGCAGGUAUAUAUAUCUCUGUACACAGCUAUUGGAUCCAUAGGUGAUUUUAUUAUUGGAGAAGCUCCUGUAUCUGCUGAGACAUUGUCCGUCUCCAGUUUGAAGCUUGCUUUGACGUACAGUGAGGCUCUGUUAAGUGGAAGCCUGGCCACUCCCAAAGGCAGCAUCGUUCAGUCUGUCUUUGUCGGAUCCCUCCGGAAACGAUUAGAGGAUCUCUUUCUCUGUUCUACCAGCUUGAGGGAUGAUCUCGCUGCUUAUUUGAAAUCAGGAAGGUGGCCUUCCACGGAGAGGAGGGCAGUGAUCCUUUCCUUGUACCUGCAGUGGUUCGGCGUGCCCACUCCAUCUGUGAUAGGGAAAGUUGCCGAGAGAAUUAAGCCUGUGAGGAAGAUCUCCCGGUCUUCAGUUGCAUUAUUGAGACUGUUAUUGCCGACGACUCAUGUCACUGCAAUCAAGGAAAUAGACGAGCUCCUAUGUUCCUUCUGAUGGAAAAGGCUUAUCUCCCAUCGUCCCGCAGCUUGGACGAUGUGAUCAAUGCUGUGUCCGAAGGAGGUGCCUAUGAGUGGCAACUGCAGCUUGAGUUCUGAAGAGAAGACCGACCGGAGAGCAGCGAUUAGUGGUUUUAUCUCUGAGGGCAAUGGUGCCUCAGUUGGGUGGUUGUAACGUUAUGUGCAAUGUUGCACAAUUUUGACCUGAUAACUCCGCUGAGACUCGAUUCGUAAAGUUGUAUUUAUAAUGUACAUCUCAGUUGUCUUGUGCUGAUCUAUUUACCCAGGUAUUAUUCCUGGGUCUCACUUGCAUCACACAAAUCAAUUUGAACAUGUCUUAUUUAGAAGGGAAAA